GGCGCGGGCUGUGGCGGCGGCUGCGGCGGCGGCGGCGGCGUCCGGAGUCUCGUGCAUGAUGGCGGUUCUCUGGGGCCGCCGUGCGGCGCGUCUCGGACGGGGCCUGUGGCCCUGCGGCCGCCCAGGGCUCCCCGCCGAAGAAGGGACCCUCGGUGGCCUCCGCGGCCCCAGGAGGAGCUCGUCCGCCAGCCCCCGGGAGCAAGACCAAGACCGCAGGAAGGACUGGGGCCACGUGGAGCUGCUGGAGGUGCUCCAGGCGCGGGUGCGGCAGCUGCAGGCUGAGAGCGUGUCAGAGGUGACAGUGAACAGGGUGGAUGUGGCGCGGCUCCCAGAACACGGCAGCGGAGAUGGCGGCUGCCAGCCCCCAACGAAGGUCCAGACAGGGGCCGAGGGCACCACCCCAGUGCUCUUUGUCCACUGGGCAAAGAAACUGGACAAGGAUAAGCGCAUCCGGGAGAUGCGCAGGCAGCGUUUGGAGAAGCAGCUGCAGAGGCAGGCCCAGAACCCGGGCUUCACGUCGGAGCUCAAGCGCCUGUAUGUGGAGCCCCGGCUCCUGAGCAAGCAGCUGACCACCUGCCUGCAGGGCUGCGUGCAAGAGGCCCCCGGGAGCCCCUGGGAGGAGCAGCUGGCCCGGGUGCUGCAGGAGGCCCCUCGGAAGCUGAGCCUGGACAAGAAGCAGGGGCAGCAGCUGAAGACCCGGCUCACCAGUAGGCAGCAGAAGAUCCUGGCCUUCCUCAAGUGCUGCCUGCUCACUGGCCACCAGUCCCUCGCCCACCACUUGCUGGUCACCUACCACAGCAAGGGGAAGAGUCAGAGUCUGCUCACGCUGGACAUGUACAACACCGUGAUGCUGGGCUGGGCGCGGCAGGGCGCCUUCAGGGAGCUGCUGUAUGUGUUCAUCAUGGUGAAGGAUGCAGGCUUCAGCCCGGACCUGGUCUCCUACGCGGCCGCCCUCCAGUGCAUGGGGCGGCAGGACCCGGACGUUGGGACCAUCGAAAGGUGUCUGAAGCAGAUGAGCCAGGAGGGGCUGAAGCUGCAGGAGAUCUUCACUGCAGUGCCCCUGUGCGAGGCGGAGCGGGCCGCUGUCCUGAAGGCCGUGCUGAAGGCCAAGCCCACCUUCAAAGUCCCGGAGCGGCUGCUGUCCCCGGUCAACACCUCGAAGCUGCUCAGGGACGUGUAUGCCAAGGAUGGUCCCGUGUCCUACCCGAAGCUGCACCUGCCCCUGAAGACCCUGUGGGACCUCUUCACGCAGCAGCUCCGCGUGGAGCUGGCCAGCACCGUGUGCGUGAAGUCCGUGGAGAAGCCUGUGGCAGAAAGCAAGGAAGUCAGGCACGCGCGGGAGACCCUGAAGCUCCUGCGGCUACAGUGGGAGAAGGCGCUGUUGGAGGCGCUGCAGGAGACCAAGGACCGCCUGGAGCGGGAGGCGCACAGGGGCCUGCCCUCGAUGUUCCCCUUUCUGUGUCUGCUGGACGAGCAGGAGAUGGUGCGCAUGCUCCUGCAGGCCCUGCAGGCACUGCCCACCCAGGGUGAGUCCUUCAUGGGCCUGGCCCGUGAUCUGGGUGCGCGCACUUUCGGCCGGCACGAGGUACAGAGGCAGCAGUUCAGCGGCCAGGUGGAGGCGCUGAAGAGGCACUACAGGCGGUACCUACACCUGCUGGCCUCCGACACUGAGGUGCCCGAGCCCUGCCUGCCGCGGCAGUACUGGGAGGCGCUUGGGGUGUCGGAACCUCCGCAGGAGCAGCCCUGGCCCCUGCUGGUGCAGGUGGAGCUGGGUAGGCUGCUGGCGGAGAUCCUGGUGCAGGCAACGAAGAUGCCGUCCGACCUGGGCAAGCUGCGCGACACUUCCCGGCUCGUCCCCCUGCUCUACCACGUGUACUCCUUCCGCAACGUCUACCAGAUCGGCUUCCUGAAGCCGCACCCGGCCUACGUGCAGCUGCUGGCCACGGCCGCGGAGCCCACGCUGACCUUCGAGGCCGUGGACGUGCCCAUGCUAUGCCCGCCGCUGCCCUGGACCUCGCCGCACACCGGCGCCUUCCUGCUCAGCCCCACCAAGCUGAUGCGUGCGGUGGACGGCACCACGCACCACCAGCGGCUGCUGGAAAACUGCGCGCCCACCGCACUGCACGGCGCCCUGGACACGCUCACCCAGCUGGGCAGCUGUGCCCGGCGUGUCAACUGGCGCGUGCUGGACUUGGUGCUGGAGCUCUUCCAGGACAAGGGCUGCCCCAAGCUCAGCGUGCCGGCCCGGCCGUCCGAGGUGGCCCCACCGCACGAGGCCCCCCUGCCGCCCAGCACCGCGCUGGUGCGCAAGGCCGAGCUGCGCCGAGAGCUGGCGCGCUGCCUGAAGGAGGCCCGCGAGAUGCACAGCCUGCGCGCGGAGGCGCUGUACCGCCUCUCGCUGGCGGCGCACCUGCGGGACCGCGUCUUCUGGCUGCCGCACAACAUGGACUUCCGCGGCCGCACCUACCCCUGCCCGCCGCACUUCAACCACCUGGGCAACGACCUGGCGCGGGCCCUGCUGGAGUUUGCCCAGGGCCGCCCGCUCGGCCCGCACGGCCUAGACUGGCUCAAGAUCCACGUCGUCAACCUCACGGGGCUCAAGAAGCGCGAGCCGCUGCAGGUGCGCCGGGCCUUCGCGGAGGAGGUGAUGGGCGACAUCCUGGACUCCGCGGACCAUCCCAUGACGGGCCGGAAGUGGUGGAUGGAUUCAGAGGAACCCUGGCAGACGCUGGCCUGCUGCAUGGAGAUUGCAAAGGCUGUGCGCACCUCCGACCCUGCCGCCUACGUCUCCCACCUCCCUGUCCAUCAGGACGGCUCUUGCAAUGGCCUGCAGCAUUACGCCGCCCUGGGCCGGGACAGUGUGGGCGCCGCCUCUGUGAACCUGGAGCCCGCAGACGUGCCGCAGGACGUGUACAGUGACGUGGCCGCGCAGGUGGAGGUUUUCCGCAGGCAGGACGCCAGGCGUGACUUGCGGGUGGCGCAGGUGUUGGAGGGCUUUGUCACCCGCAAGGUGGUGAAGCAGACAGUGAUGACCGUGGUGUACGGGGUCACGCGAUAUGGCGGGCGCCUGCAGAUUGAGAAGCGCCUCCGCGAGCUGAGUGACUUUCCCCAGGAGUUCCUGUGGGAGGCCUCCCACUACCUCGUCCGCCACGUCUUCAGGAGCCUGCAGGAGAUGUUCUCGGGCUCCCGGGCCAUCCAGCACUGGCUGACUGAGAGCGCCCGCCUCAUCUCCCACAUGGGCUCAGCGGUGGAGUGGGUCACACCCCUGGGCAUCCCCAUCAUCCAGCCUUACCACCAGGAAAUAAAGAUCAAGGGCAGAGGUGGGCUUCAGAGCGUCUCCUACUCUGUCAACGCAGACAGCAGCCUGAAGCCCAACAAGCUGAAGCAGAGGAACGGGUUCCCCCCCAACUUCAUCCACUCGCUGGACUCCACGCAUAUGAUGCUGACUGCCCUGCACUGCUACAGGGAGGGCCUGACCUUCGUCUCUGUGCAUGACUGCUUCUGGACCCAUGCGGCUGAUGUCCCCAUCAUGAAUCAGGUGUGCCGGGAGCAGUUCGUCCGCCUGCACAGCCAGCCCAUCCUGCAGGACCUGUCCAGCUUCCUGAUCAGCCGGUUCUGCUGCGGCUCCAGGCCCCAGAAGCUCUCCCAGCAUCUGGAGGACAUCAAGCUGAGGGAGACGCUGCUGGCAGUGCCCAAGCCAGGGACCUUCGACCUGGAGCGUGUGAAGCUUUCCACCUUCUUCUUCAGCUGACAUCUCGUGGUGCCAUUGUGUAAAUAAAAUAAAGCUCUUUGGCCACCCACC